AACCUCCUUCCACGAGAGCGGAGCCGCUCCCGUAACCCUUUACGGAAACGGUGUAGCUAACGUGCGCAGCGACAAAGACAGCGAGCCCGAAACCUAUGGGGAAGGAAUAAAAAAAGAAAUUCAGUAUCGUCGCACUCUUGUGCUUUAGGACUGUCAUUUCCGCUGGUCCAGGGUCUCGGCGAAGACACCGACAUUUGACGGCGGGGAGGGCGGAUUCAGAGCGAGCGCUGAGCCCGAGGAGCCGUUGAGGAAGACUGUGGCAACUGGCAGAUUUUCCGUUGGACGGUCUGUAGGCUAGUGUAUAGCGAGGGAGCCGCCAUGGCAGUCGGAUCAUUGAGCCUCCACAUCGGGAUAUGAAGAGGAACUGCAUGUGUCCCGAAUUGUCAGGAAAGCGCCGCAUUUACAUUUGAUCCGACCCGGAUCGGCUCUCUUACCGCUUGAUCUCGACCCUCCUCAUCGGUGUGAAAUUGAUUCCGCAGAAAGAAAUCGCGAUUGGUUUUAACCGGGGGGGCCACAGGGAGAGGCCAGAUUCAUGACUAUUUUGGCCGGAGACUUGUCUUCAGUGGCCCGCUGAGAGAAAAACCUGGAGCACAAGGAGUAAAUGAUGCUGUGAUUGGCCGUCGGUGGGAGAGAAAAGGGUAGUUUAUUAGGUGAACACGAACUCGAGUGAAGGAUCGUGGGGCGAAAGGGGGGGGAUCUCUUUCUGCCUGUCUUUCCUGUGAAUUUUAGUGUUAUUCAUUCACUGACAUCCUCUUUGGAUGAGAAGGUUCGGCGGAUCGAUCAGCCCCGCCGUUUAAGCAAGUCACCGUCUCCCGAGUCGAGAGAGAAUCAAAGGGAUCGGAUCAUGUCGGGUCGGCCCAGGACCACAUCCUUCGCGGAGAGCUGCAAACCAGUGCCGCAGCCCUCGGCUUUCGGCAGCAUGAAAGUCAGCAGAGAUAAAGAUGGCAGCAAGGUAACAACAGUCGUGGCCACUCCAGGCCAAGGCCCUGACCGGCCACAGGAAGUCAGCUACACGGACACUAAAGUCAUCGGCAACGGCUCGUUCGGCGUCGUCUACCAGGCUAAGCUCUGCGACUCUGGAGAGCUGGUGGCCAUCAAGAAGGUCCUUCAAGACAAGAGGUUUAAGAACCGUGAGCUCCAGAUCAUGAGGAAGCUGGACCACUGCAACAUAGUCCGCCUGCGCUACUUCUUCUACUCCAGUGGAGAUAAGAAAGAUGAAGUGUAUCUGAAUUUGGUUCUGGAUUACGUUCCUGAGACUGUCUACAGAGUGGCCAGACACUACAGCCGAGCCAAACAGACUCUGCCCAUGGUUUAUGUCAAGUUGUACAUGUACCAGCUGUUUAGGAGCCUGGCAUACAUCCAUUCGUUCGGGAUCUGUCAUCGGGACAUCAAGCCCCAGAAUCUGCUGCUGGAUCCAGAAACCGCCGUGCUCAAGCUCUGCGACUUCGGCAGUGCUAAGCAGCUGGUCCGCGGGGAGCCCAACGUGUCCUACAUCUGCUCUCGCUACUAUCGAGCCCCUGAGCUAAUCUUUGGCGCGACUGACUACACUUCCAGCAUAGAUGUGUGGUCAGCCGGCUGCGUGCUGGCAGAGCUGUUGCUAGGUCAGCCAAUCUUCCCUGGUGACAGUGGAGUGGAUCAGCUGGUUGAAAUUAUCAAGGUCCUCGGCACCCCGACCCGAGAGCAGAUCCGUGAGAUGAACCCCAACUACACCGAGUUCAAAUUCCCUCAGAUCAAGGCACACCCUUGGACUAAGGUGAGUCAACAGGUGUUCCGGCCGCGUACGCCUCCAGAGGCCAUCGCUCUGUGCUCCCGCCUGCUGGAGUACACGCCCACGGCCCGCCUCACCCCUCUAGAGGCCUGCGCACACUCCUUCUUCGACGAGCUGCGCGACCCCAACGUCAAACUGCCCAACGGGAGAGAGAAGCCCUCGCUGUUCAAUUUCACCACCCAGGAGUUAUCCAGUAAUCCCUCUUUGGCCUCCAUACUCAUCCCUGCACACGCCCGCAGCCAGGCCGCUGCCUCCACCCCAACCAACGCCUCUGCCACCACAGAUGGAAGCAGCACAGAGCGAGGCCCCAGCACCACCACCGCCUCUGCCUCGGCCUCCAACUCCACCUCCUGAGCCCACAGACCACCCGCCCUGCCCCGGUCUCAGCCCCAGCCCACGGCCUCUCCAUUGCCCCGGCCGGGGGGGUGAGCUCCGCUCCGCUCAGCACUGCUCUGCUCUGCUCUCCUCCCUGACAGCAGCGGAGUGAUGCCGACGCAGUCCGGGUUCAACAGCUAGCCAACAGCCCCAUGCCACGACCACAAAACCAAGCAUCCCCGAUCUGCCUCUUUUAUCCCCCGACUGGCCCCUCACCCAGCUGUUUGAACUCUUUUCCAUCCUCCGUCAAAGACAUCUCUCCGUGCCCUUUCAACGGUGGAGAAGUGAAGCGAGGGGCCAGAGGUGUCGUCGACUGUACUAUUGAUAAAAGUACACUGUACAUGUAUACACAAUGCUAGCCUGCUAAUGUUUGUAAGAGGACAAUCUGUAGAAAAAAGUCCUAAGCUGUUCCCCUUGGCCCCCUUCUCCCCCCCCCCACAUUGAUCCAUUUUUCUGCAACCUCAUCCUUCGACCCCUGUCCCCCCCCUCAACCCUCCCUCUCUCUCUCCUUUGGUUCCUUCUGUAGUGCAUGGCCUGAGUAUGGUUAGGAUCACCCGGGGGUCACUCCCACCCUUUCACUUCUCACAUCCACUUCCGCAAGACAAGGCAUGAGGCUCGCGCACGGGUAUACACACAUACACACUCAUAAACACACAUCCUCACACACAUGGAUGCAUGAAGAUCCUGAUGUAUGUGGAAAGAAGCAGUCCACUUGCAAAGGGGAGGUAACAUUUGGACAGGUUGUUUCUUUUCUUUUUUUUCUUUUCUUUUUUUUUUUUUUGCCCAGGGUUGUUUUUAAAUGGUUAGCAAACUGUUUUGCUCGACCUUGUUUUUAAUUUUAUUUUCACUUUUCUGGAUUUGUACUCCUGGGCAGAUGUUUUUUUUUUUUGUUUUUUGUUUUUUUUUUGGAUUGCCAUGUGCGAUGGAUGUGACAUGUAUCUGGUCCUGUGUGCUUGUACAAUAUAUACAUACAAUACAAAAACAAACAUGCAUACAUACACAGUUUAUAUAUUACUUUUCCUUAUGUAUAAAAAGUAUAUAUAGAUAUAUGUAUAUUAACUACAAUGGUUCAGAAAUCAUUUAUGGUGAGCUCAUAUCUGGCAGAGCAGUGGCAAUAUUUGCCGCUGCCUAAAGACAAUAGAUUUAGCUAAGGUGGUGUUUUGUUUCUUUCUGUUGCUGGAGUGUUGUAAUAUUCCAGCAGUCUCUUCCCUGUUCUCCUGUGUCGUCUGUUUUAAGGCUGUAGAUGGAUUUUAGGGCAACGCUCUAUUCCCCAUCUUUCUACCGACCCUGUCUGUAACAGUGUUGCUGUGGCAGUGCAGUGUCUAGACAAACGUCUAGUUCUUCCUCUUCCUCGCUCCGUCUCCGUGAAGAAUUUCAAGAUUUUCCCAGACACUUUUUUUCUUCCUUAGAGAAGUCGUCCCGGCGGACCGCCUCACGUGUUUGUGACCACUGACUGAAGUGUUAGCCCUAAGCGUUGUUUUUUUUCCUCCCCCCUCUCCUCCACCUGCCGCACGUAGAGCCACUCGGUACAGUAUGUCGAAGCGUCUUAUUUACAGAGAAUACUCACUACAUUUUAAGAUAAAGAAAAGGAAAAAAAAGAAAAGAAAAAAAGUUGUAUAUACAGUAUAAAUGCUCCUCACCAAAAUUCUGACUUGUAUGACUUGUACGUUGUUUUUUUUUUUUUUUUAUGUUGUUACGUUGAUUUUUUUUUUUCCCAUGUUGUGUUCAAAGGUAUGUAUAUAUGCAGACCCAUGUACUGUUUAUGAGCAAAAACAAAGAUGACAAAGGGUAGGGAAAGAAAUGAAAAACACUUAGAAAAAAAAAAAGAAAAAGAGAAAAAGAGAAUCAGGGCAAAACUGAUGUUGUUUAUGGAUAUUGUAGAUGAUGAUGAUGAUGAUGAUGAUGAUCAGCUUUAUCCAGCCAUAUGUUCAAUCUUACCUGUACAGUACAGUAGAUGACAGCUGUAUUAUUGUAACAAGAACUAGUCAUGUAUAGUGUAACUAUAGUUUGGAGUGCCUUUGCUUUCAUACAUCUUCGCCUUGUCCCCCCUCCCUCCCCCUCCUCACCCAGCCCCUGCCAUCAACUCCCCACCCCCGAUAUUGUGACUCUCCCUUUGGUGCUGUUGAAUGUCCUGCUAUCCUGCGACACGUGCGCACACACAAGCACACUCUUCCACUUGAUUUUCAAGCCCCUACCCCACCUCUCUACUCGCACCUCUUCCGCCCCCCUUUUUUUUCAUUGCACACUUAAUGUAAUAUACAGACAUUGUUAAUCGUAAGGAUAUUUUUUCCUUAAACUGAAGAUACAGUAGACAAGUGUUUUAUUUUUUAGAUGUUUUAUCUCGGACAAACACACACAUGCACGCACAAACAUGUAUACCACAGUCCUGGCACGGACUCGAGGGGCAUGAAGUGUGUAAGGGGGCGGGCGGAUGGAUAGCUGAGGGGUGUUGUGGAUGACAGCAGGGGGUUGAAAAGGCCUCGUAUACUGUAUAUAUACAAUACAGUACAGUUUCUGUAUUACUCACGGUGUUGGUUCUGUUACCAAAGCCAAACUAAGAUGUAGUUGUGAUGAGCCAUCCUCAGAGGCAGUCAUGAUGUAUUCUGUCUAUUCUUCUUCUUCUUCUUCUCUCUGGAUAUUUCGUUGUCUCUCUGUCCUCUCUGCUUGUUCUCUCCUCCCCGUCUGCAUAUCCGGGGGGAAUUCAGUAGCACCUAAAGGGGUCGAGUCAUGUAGCCUCUCUCCUGUCUCCUGCUUGCUGUAAUUUCGCAUUCAUGAACGUGUUGCUACCACCAGACAGUUUAAAAACGACCUUACCCUACCCCGGACACCAGUUCAAUAAAAACACCACAAAAGGUUACCAAAAAAGAAGACAGGCGAGUACAUAUGCUAGUACAACGUGUUAUACUAGCAUAUACACUUGUUUAAAUAUGCUACCUGGGGUUAAAGAAAAGAGAAAUCAUAUAAAAUACAACAUCCUGUAUAACAGUACUACUACUUGAAUGCCUAUGUUUGUGACUGAAAUUUUUAUUUCAUUUGUUCUUUUUUUUGUUUUGUUUUGUUUUUUGUUUGUUUGUUUUUUUUGUUCUGUGAAGGUAUGCUAAAUGUGCACCUCUGUAAAUAUUCCCUCUGCGUGCUCUGAGGAAUAGUUCCCUGGUACUGUAAUUUGCAUUAAAUAAAGAGUAGGAUAGCCUGGAAAUGAU